UGCAGGUGUGUACGCUGCGGAUGUUGAACGUUAGGUAUUUUCCUGUUUUUGGUUGACCGUAGAGCGCCUCCGGUUUGAAGGCGGUUAUGAGGAACUACAAAAUGUAGUUCCUGUAAUAAUUUAUUUCUCGUAUAAAUAUCGAGGUUUAUUGUGUGUCCUAUGUAUUUUUGAAAGGACAGUGGUGUACGAAUGACUGUAAAUUCAUGCAAAUUCAUUUCAUUGUAGUUUUGUAUGUUCUAGCGCAUUAAUACAUGUAUUGGGUGAGGGACUUGUGUUUUGUGCGACCAUAUGCUUUCGACCCGGCGGGUUUACGAUUUUGCAACCAGAACUUGCAGAAGGCUCAAAGUCGUUGACGGUUAAUAAACGAGACCCGUGCUGACAAGAGCUCUACUUGCGACUUAUUUCUGAAACCUGCGACCCGCCGUUACAGUCAACGACUACAGCCGGGUGCAGUGAGGUUAGAGGUCAAGACUAUCGUGAGAUGAUAUCCGUUCCGGAUCUUUGAAGACACUGGUGGUUUCGAUCCUUUGAUGAUACCUGCACAGAUGACGGCGCCUUAGAUGACGACAAGACAUGCAGCAUAGAGACUUUGUUAGAAUUUAUCUAUGUUGUUCUAUGACAGGGAAUGUCCUGAUGUGUGUAUGAAACUAUGAUAUCCACACAUUUUGACCAUUGAUAUUUGAAAUGUCAUUGAUGAUGUAUUGCAUUAGUAUUGAUGAUGACGUUGCUGAAUACUGAUGUGUGUGCUUGCUCAUGUAUACACGUACAUAUGCACUGAGGUAUUUUGAUGUGUGUACAGUAGCCAAAUCCUGUUGAGAAUAUGCGGUGUAUUUUGUUUGCUUGAGUCCCCACAAUGAGUGGAUUUGUGGCAAGUCCACAUACACUGUACACAUAUAUUAUUGGGUAUCUAGGCGACAAGUAGUCGCAUGUAUUUUGAAUCUAUGGGAAGAAAGUGUAUUUGGCCUGUAGUAUUUCCACUCAUUUAGCCCUACUAAUCAACAUGUCAAUCAGAGGUGAAACAUUGCCAGGUCCUUUGGGAGAAGAGACCACAUCAGAUGAACAGCAUUAUAGUGAUGAUACACAUGAGGUUAGGGAAUCUACUCUUAGGCGUAGUGAAAGAACGCCCAAACCGAGCAUUAAGGUACAGGAGAACUGUGAAACCCAGUUCUGGGAACUUGUCAAUAAUUUGAAUCAGUCGAUAGAGAAGAUCGAUAAACACCUCCAGACAGAGUGCUCUGUCAGUGUAAAAAUGAGCAUGGAACGGGAGGUGCUGAAGGCUAGUGAAGACUUAGACAAAGCCUAUGAACAGCUCAGAUACGUCUUUCCAGAUGGCGUCCCCAGUGCUGCUAGAACUGCAUCUGACCGAUGUCAUGGUGGAUUGAUGAGCUUGCUUGAUGGUAUAAGGGUGGUUGAUAGAAACCCUCUCGACUUUCUAGAUAAAAUGAGCAUCAAAACAAGUUAUACAACUUCUUCUAAGAGAGCUUUGUUAGCUGCUAAGGCUGCUGCACUCCAGGUUGAACUGGAAGCUAGACAAAUCGAGAGUCAGCAGAGAUUAGACUUAGCCAGAUUAGAAGCUAGGGAGAAAGCACGGCAAGCAGAAGUUGAAAUAGAGUUUGAGAGAAGGAGAAGGGAAAUAGAAGAAAAAAAAUUGGAAAUGGAAUUGAAGAAAACUGAAACUGAGAUGAAAGCUCUAGAACAGGGUUCUUCAAUUAACAUUAAGCCAGCUGUAAUCAAAAAGUCUUCAAAGGACUUCACAACACAGAAACACGAAGUUAUAUACACACCAGCUGCUGAAACUGCUAUUAAAGACCUUACCAAGUCUUUCAGUGAAUCUUUGAACCUCAGCAGACUUCCCGCGCCGGAACCCUUUGUCUUCGAUGGUGAACCUUUGAAUUAUCCUGCAUGGAAGGCUGCAUUUUCGGCGCUUAUAGACCAUCAGGGAAUCUCUCCACGAGAAAAGAUUCACUAUCUGAGAAAAUACUUGUCGGGAGAAGCCAGAGAAUCCGUAGAAGGUCUGUUCUACUUUGAUACCAAAGAAGCAUACUUAGCUUCGCUAAAGAUGUUGGAGGAAAGAUAUGGGAAUCCUUUCUUGGUAGCUGAAGGAUUUAGAAACAAGAUUGAGAAUUGGCCACGCAUUCAGGCUAAUGACAGCAAGGCAUUGCGAAAGUUCACAGACUUUUUAAGACAGUGUUUGGUCGCAAUAGCUCACAUACCAAGCUUGGAGAUAUUGAAUGAUUGCAGAGAGAACAGAAAGAUGUUGACCAAGCUUCCAGAUUGGAUGGUCAGAACAUGGAGUAGAAUAGUAACAGGAGAGACAGCAAAGGGAUCAUUUCCCUCUUUCGAGAAGUUUGUUACAUUCCUGACAAAGGAGGCGGAUAUUGCGUGCAAUCCAGUUGUGACAGUCGAGAACCUGAGGCAAUCUAGAUCACCUGAGAAGUCAACAAGGCGACCUGCAAGGGUUAAUGUGUUGGCUAGCGAAGCAACGAAACCAACAGAUGUGAAACUUUGCAUAUUCUGCGACAAACCCAAUCAUAAUGUGGACAGUUGCCGAGCAUUCGGAGGCAAGACUCCAAGUGAGAGACGAGAAUUCUUAAUGAAGAAUGGACUCUGCUUUGGCUGUCUGAGACAGGGACACCUUUCUAAGAAAUGUCCCAAGAGGAGUAACUGCGGAAAGUGUCAGAACAAGCAUCCCACCAUCCUACAUGGGGAUUAUGAAGCUCUCCACCCCCCUGCUGACCAAGAUAGCAGUUUUACAAGACCGGACAGAGAUAGUAGAGUGUCCUCGCGAACAAAGGUAGAGAGUGUGGCUGGUAGAUCGUCCAUGAUAUUGCCAGUCUAUCUCUCAUCACAAGGUGAUCCAAACAAGGAAUGCCUUGUUUAUGCACUGUUAGACACGCAGAGUGAUACAACCUUUGUGCUGGAAGAAAUCGGAGAUGACACAAGUGCAUGCCCAGAAUCGACAAGACUCAAGUUGUCAACAAUGACAUCCACAUCCGUGAUCGACUGUCAUCGAUACACCGACUUACAGAUCAGAGGUGUGGGCUGUCAUGAACGUUUCCGGUUACCUGUGAGUUAUUCCCGGAGCUUCAUCCCAGUGAACAAAUCACACAUUCCUACACCGGAAGUGGCCAAGAAGUGGCCCCACCUGGAGAACCUAUCCGACAAGAUUGCACCUUUACAGAACUGCGAAGUGGCACUGCUCAUCGGGUAUGACUGCCCGAGAGCACUGGCACCUAUGGACGUCGUUCGCGGAACGGCCGACGAGCCCUUUGGUCUGAAAACGGAAUUAGGAUGGACUAUAGUUGGACGAACUAUGUGUGCGACAGAUGAGGAACACAUCACACACAGAGUACUGACGAAGCCUAUUCCAGAAGAAGUCAAGGUGCACGGGAGAGACGAAGUCAGUUUUGUAUGCCGAACAAAGAUCUCCGAGGAGAUUACGCUUCCACAGAUCGUCAAGAUUCUGGAAAGCGACUUCCAGGACAAGAACCAAGAGACAGUAAUGUCACAGGACGACUUGAAGUUUUUGCAGAUUGUCCAGUCUGGCAUUCAUCAGGAUGAAGAAGGGUUUUAUGAGAUGCCACUUCCAUUCAGGGACGGCAAACCAACAUUGCCGGAUAAUAAAGUCAUGGUCAUGCGACGUCUAGACCAUCUCAGAAAGAGGUUCAAGGCAAACUCAACAUAUUACGAAGAUUACAGAAAGUUCAUGGACAACGUCCUGCAGCACAGGGACGCUGAAGAAGUCGCGAGUGAAGAAGCUGAUUCCACCACGACUACGAGCUGGUAUAUUCCUCAUCAUGGAGUAUACAAUCCGAAAAAGCCCGAGAAAAUUCGUGUCGUUUUUGAUUGUAGCGCACGUUACAAAGGAGCCUGUUUGAACGACCACUUGCUACGAGGGCCAGACCUGAUAAACUCCCUUAUUGGCGUCUUGUGUCGCUUUAGAGAAAAACCAGUAGCAGUGAUGGGAGACGUGGAACGUAUGUUCCAUCAGUUUCGCGUCAAUGGAGAAGAUCGAGACUUUUUGAGAUUCCUGUGGUUUCGGAACGGAGACAUGGAUCAAGAAGUAGUAGCGUACAGGAUGAAAGUACAUCUGUUCGGAGCUACUAGCUCCCCUGGAUGCGCUAACUUCGGCUUGAAGAAACUUGCCGCAGAUCACAGAGACGAAUUCAGUUCAGAGGUUUGUGAUUUCCUCACCAACGAUUUCUAUGUGGACGAUGGCUUGAAGAGUUGUGCAACAACACAGGAAGCCAUCAAGCUCGUGGAAGACUCGAGAACACUGUGUGCCACUGGAAAUUUAAGGCUUCACAAAUUCACCUCAAACAACCAGGAGGUACUGCGCUCUAUUCCGGAGUCUGAGAGAGCCAAAGAUCAGUCGCUGGACAUGAGCCUGGGUGACUCGCAAAUGGAAAGAGUACUUGGGAUACACUGGUCCGUGAUUCCAGACCAGUUUUGCUUUCGACUGAAGCUUGGUGAAAGGCCACUGACUCGCAGAGGAGUAUUGUCCGCAGUGGCCUCUGUGUACGACCCCCUUGGAUGCUUGGCACCAUUUGUCUUGAGAGGCAAGUGGAUCCUACAACAAAUGUGCAAGGAGAAAGUUGGAUGGGACGAUCCUCUCAGCGAGAGUUUACGACCCAAAUGGGAACAGUGGGUGGCAGAGCUACCUACUCUUGAGCAGCUACAGAUUCCUAGAUGCCUAGUCCCCGAGAAAUUUGGAGACAUCGUCAGCUGCGAACUUCAUCACUUCUCCGACGCCAGCGUGAGCGGUUAUGGGCAGUGUUCAUAUCUUCGGCUGAAGAAUCAAAAUCAAGAUGUGCACUGUGCCCUAGUGAUGGGAAAGGCUCGGGUGUGUCCUCUGAAAGUAUUGUCCAUACCAAGACUCGAGCUUGCCGCAGCUCUCGUUUCGGCGAAGAUCAGCAGCAUUUUGAGAACUGAAAUGACCUACGCAAACAUCCAAGAUUACUUUUGGACAGACUCCAAAGUGGUCCUUGGGUAUAUCAACAACGACGCAAGAAGAUUCCAUGUGUACGUCGCUAACCGUGUACAACAGAUUCAAAACGUGUCUGAGCCGAGUCAGUGGAGAUAUGUCGAGAGUGCAAACAACCCGGCAGACCAUGCAUCCAGAGGUCUACAUGUUGACGAGCUGAUUCAGUCUAAUUGGCUCAAGGGACCUGCUUUCUUGUGGAAUCCCGAGGUGCAGCCGGAGGAUACCCUGCUCUUGGCUGAGGAUCCAGAAGUACGACGUGUGAUUAUCAACAGGAACCAGACGUCAGACGGAGACCACAGAUCAAUAUGUGACAGACUGUCGAAGUUUUCCAACUGGCGGAGUGCUGUCAACGCAGUUGCCGUGCUCGUCAGAUACGUCCGGAAAGAUGGAGAGGGCGGAGUACCUCUGGUGGAGGAAGACCGACAGAAGGCCGUAGCAACUAUCAUCAAGUCUGUGCAAAAGGAGGCGUUUGGGGAGACGCUUGGGAGUCUCGGGAAGACGACAGACGGACGUAUCCGCAGUUUGGAUCCAUUCAUCGACUCGGAAGGAGUUCUAAGAGUGGGUGGCAGACUCAGCAGAUCAACGAUGAAGUAUGGAGUAAAGCACCCCAUUAUUCUCCCUAAUGCAAAGUCUAGUCAUGUGGUUGGCCUGAUUGUCAUGCAUCAUCCCCAAGGCGUUGCUCAUCAGGGAAGAGGGUUCACCAUAAACGCACUACGAGAGCAUGGCUACUGGAUCAUAGGAUGCAGCAGAGCGGUCUCAUCCCUGAUCUACAGAUGCGUGACGUGUAGAAAACUUCGCGGAUCAUGCCAGACUCAGAAAAUGGCGCAGCUACCUGAAGACCGAAUCGAACCGGCCCCUCCUUUCACGUACUGUGGGAUCGACUGUUUUGGACCAUUUGUCGUCAAAGAUGGACGUCGAGAACUGAAAAGAUACGGACUACUU